AAGUAGCAGCGUCAACAGAAGCGGCAAUGAGACGCUGUGUAUUCCUCGCUGUGUUGCUCAGCCUGGUGUUGAGCCUUUCGAAAGCAGAGACCAGUGAAACAACUAGUGGCCCACCUCCAACAACAACUCCAGGAACUACAGCAGAGACCAGUGAAACAACUAGUGGCCCACCUCUGACAACAACUCCAGGAACUACAGCAGAGACCAGUGAAACAACUAGUGGCCCACCUCCAACAACAACUCCAGGAACUACAGCAGAGACCAUUGAAACAACUAGUGGCCCACCUCUGACAACAACUCCAGGAACUACAGCAGACAUCACCGAAACAACUAGUGGCCCACCUCCAACAACAACUCCAGGAACUACAGUAUCAGUGGAACUGUGCAACCCAGACCCUUGUGGAAAAAAGUUGGCCACAUGUGUUCCUUUAAAUAGCACUUAUACCUGCCUGUGCCAAUAUGGAUUCUACUAUAGCAACGAGGAUUGUCAUAAAGGGAAAAUAUACCCAGGGAGCAUUAUACUGGAAGUACUAUACAGUAAUAGUGUUCAAAAUGUAAAUUCCGUGCAGUAUGAAGAGAUGUUCCAAAAUAUAACAUCAUUUUUCAAGGAUGCCUUCAACGAUUUAUCAGGCUUUGGACAGACUGUCAUCGUGAAAAUUCAACCUCUGAAAGAAAACAGAGCUGCUCCUUCAACUAAUGUAACAGUGAUAAACCUGUUUAUGGAGAACUCAACUGUAAACAAAGACAUAGUUAGUUCUGCAAUAAGUAACGCAAUAAAAGAUUCAUCCUAUGUCUCUCUGUACAGAGCUACAACCUAUUGUGCUGCUUUUAAUUGUGAUGAUCAAACCACAGACUGCACAGAACAUAUGUUUCCAAAAUGUGAAUGCAAAAAUGGCUUUGAAAAGACAGAAUGGGAUGAUCGUUCUUGUUCAGAUUGCAGUAAAGACUGUUCUGCAGCGGAAAACAAGUACUGUGCAAAAGAAAAAGGGGUUCCAAUAUGCAAAUGCAUGUCUAACUUUGAAAAGAAGAAUGAAAAAUGUGUAGCCUGUUCAGUGGGCUAUGCUGGGGAGAACUGUGAGAACAAUAGAGAACUCAUUCUGAUAAUAGUGGGUACAGUGUUUGGAGCCAUUAUCCUGAGCUUAGUGAUAGCAGUCUCUGUUGUUUCAGUAAGAGCCAAACACAAACAUGAUCCAGAGAAGAAGAGCCUGAUAAAACCGGGUUAUUCCAACCCAAAUACUUCUGAUGAUAGACAGACCACGAUGUUCCCCAGAGUCCAGACCACUUCUGGCCAUGCAAACCCAGGAUAUCAGCCAAACAACCCAUAUGAGAUGCGUUCCGCAAAUAGAGGUCGUUUUCCAGAGAGGGAUUAUGAUGAUUUGAACUGAGGCGUAAACCGUGAUAGAAGCAACACAGAAACCUGAUGCUUAAAAAAACCCCCCUCUUUUCAAAAGCUGCCAAUUAAGAGAAGAAAAACAUCUAUUUAGUUAGUUGAUUGAUCAGAAACACAUGGAUUUUGGCAUUUCUAACUUUCCAAAGAUGUCAACUUUUCACUGAUGAAAAUCUGCCUGUUUGGUUUUCCUUGAGGGCUGCUAUGUCACAGAGAGAGGGCUGCUAUGUGCAGUGUGCUACAUGGUGAACUGUUCCGAGGAAGGAGCUUUCUGACCCAGAGCUACUCUUUAUUUCUUCUCUUUUCUUGUUCAAAUUCUCUGUAGUAUGAAAUAUCACGGGAGCCUGAGGGCUUUAGGAUGCAAAGCAGAUACUAAGAGACCAGAGCAGUGGAAGGAUGGACGGCCACCGUGACAGUGGGUCAGACCAAGGAGUGUCACAGCCUCUCACCAAUGCAGUUACUUCAGCAGAGGAAACAAAAAAGUCCAUAACCCCAGAUUCUCUGAAGAUUUUCUAAAGGAAGAUGCAAGCUUGAAAGAGAUCAUGGAGGGUAGGGAGAAGAGAACUUUUAAAAGAACUAAUGGCCUCCAAUAAACAUUGGACUUCUUUCAGGAGGCCAGUACAUUGGCAGGAGAGUGGGUGUAGACAAGAUACCAGGAUUUAAACCCUGCUGCUUUCAGUUCUUCUGGAAGAUGGUCCAGGCAAUAUGUAUGAUGCUGAAAAAUAUUGGCACCCAGAGCUUUGCCUGUAUUUGUGCUCACUCCAUUUCAGCUACAGGCAGCCUGCAUGGCUUUGGGCAGAUCAAAACUGUUCUUCAUGAGAACCUAAGCUGGUUCUCUUCAUUAUAUCAGAUACAGUCUUUUUUCCCUCCUCAGCACCCCCAGUAUUUCCUACCUGAAAGCAUUCUGUUCAAAUCUCUGCUGACAUGCGUUGUGUGAGACAAUGGUACUUGUCUGACCUUUUAUACAGCCUUCCUUCCCAAUACAAUGACAAGAAACAAUAUCUUCAAACAAACACUAUUGUUCUUCACCUUGCACAACUAUAUUGAUUUUACAUUCUCAGCUCCUGUGGAAAGUGUUAGUAUUUUUUUUUCUCUUGCACUCUAUGUUCUGAUUGAAUGAGCUUAAGGUUGGGGGUUUUUUUCACUUCUUACAUACACUCAAUAAAUCUCUCUGUAAAAGAAUCCACAUUUUACUGUACUUUACUGAGUGUGCAUUAUCUGUUGACUAGCAUUAACAUUUCCUUAUAUAUAUAAUAUAUAUAUGCACAAAUAUGUACAUAUAUUUAUAGGUUAAGUUCAUUUAAAGCAUCAUUUAAUUCCAUGUUAUAUUUUGUGUUUUGUUUUUUAUA